CAUGGCCACGUCAGGGUCUACUACAUCCGGCGGAGCAAGCCAAAGUAGCAACAAGCACGGUGAGGGGAAGACCACAGAGGGCUCUGUCCCUGCUGCCAAACACCUGCUCACAGCAACAGCUGCGCGCGCAAAGGCCGCAGCCGCGGCUGCGGCCGAGGGCAACCGGGUCGACGGCCGCCACACCGCCGCCUUCCGCGACAUCCACAUGGCGCUGGGACUGGUGAGCCCGGCGGCAGGCUCGGCUUAUGUGGAGCUCGGUGGGACCAAGGUGGUGGCUGCGGUGUACGGGCCGAAGCCUUCGUUUGAUGCCCAGUUUACGGCGUCUGCCAACGUGGAGACCCACGUGUCGAGCGCUCCGUUUGCCGCUGCGGGCGAGCGGACGUCGUACGUGCCGUCGGAUUCCGAUGCCGAGGCCUCUCUGCUGGUGCAGGCUGCGCUGGCGGCGGCGGUCCGCCGCGAUGCGUACCCCAAGUCGACCAUCGAGGUCCGACUGCUGGUGCUGGAAGAUGACGGCGCAACGACAGGCGCGUGCGUGUCGGCGGCGUCGCUCGCGCUGGCCCACGCCGGCAUCGAGAUGUACGACCUUGCCGUCGGGGCGACCGUGGUCCAGCUUGGCGACGCGUUGCUGGUCGACCCGUCGCGGCCCGAGGAGGACGCUGCCCAAGGCGCGGUUGCCCUUGCGUACAUGCCUGCUGUUGACGAGCUGUCGCAGUAUGCACUGACCGGCCAGUUUGACCCUGCCACGCUUGCCACCGCCACCGAGUUGGCGCUCGACGCCGCACGCAAGUGGGCCGAGCUGAUGCGGACCGUUCUCCGCGACUCGGUCACGGCCCAGUCCUCGUAGCUACGGCGGAAGGACAACAAUCUCGGCCCGCGAGACCUGCCACUCGCCUAACUCGCCCGACGGCCGCAC